CGACACUUAACCCUCGAUGGCGAGUUUCCUCUCUUUCUCUCUCUCUCUCUCCCGUGUUGUUUUUGUGUGCUUGGCUGCUAGAGUCUUUGGGGAGACGAAGAGGUAGGGUUUUAAUCCUGAUUCCAUAGCUCGCGCUGGUGCCGCGGUCUUCAUUGUGGAUUUCUUGCGAUCCGGGUAGAAUCGUGGUAGUGUAGUACGAAUUUCUAGCUUAGGAUUGCCCAUGGUGGGGCAAAUAGAGCAAGUGGCUAUGUCGGAUGUUGCAAUUGAGCACAACAUAGCCUCGAAAUUGGGUGGAAAAGGGGGAGGAGGAUGCUGCUGUUGCUGCUGUGGCGAUGGCAAUAGGAAUUCCCCUUGCAAAACUUCCAGGCCGACCGCGGUGGCAUCAGCGCCACGGAUCAUUCCAGACGAGAAAUCUCGGCAAGUGAGCGAGGCCUCGACGUCGUCAUCAAACCUGGACCAAUUUCUACACCACACAACGCCCAAAGUACAACUGCAAUGUCUGCCAAAGACUUGUCUUUGGGACAGCAGUGUCAAGAGAUGGAGGCCGGCCAAUGUGGAAUCCAUCCCUUUUUUCACCCUGGGAGAUUUGUGGGAUAGUUUUGACGAGUGGAGCGCCUAUGGAGCUGGAGUUCCUCUGGUGCUAAACGGGAAGGAGGAAGUGGUGCAGUACUACGUACCAUACCUUUCUGCGCUUCAACUCUACACAAGGACGGGUUUGAGGCGUUGCUUGAACUCGAGCAGGAAGUUUUGCCAUGACUCUAGUGAUGCUAGCGAGAGCAGUGACUACCGUGACUCAAACAGUGAUGUGAGCAGCGACAAUGACAGUGAAUCCAGUGUGGAGGGGAUCGGUCCCAUCCGGACGUCCUUCUGGAAGAAGUGCCAGACCACGGGAUUCUGCCGCGGACGUAGCAACGCAACGCUGAGUGCCUUGCAUGAAGUGUUGAGCGAUGACGAUGACGAAGAAGUAGACAACUGGGAGCGCAAGGAGGCCGAUCAUCUCCUCCUCAGUUACCUCGAGGACUCAGCGCCUUACAGCCGCGUUCCUCUGAUUGGCAAGAUUAGCGAGCUCGAACGGAGUUUUCCGGAUAUCAGGACGCUCCGUAGCUACGAGCUCUUGCCGACAAGCUGGUUCUCGAUAGCUUGGUAUCCCAUCUAUCGCAUUCCAACGGGGCCAACUCUCAAAGACCUGGGAACUUGCUUUCUAACUUUCCACUCGCUUUCCACUCCUUUACAAGAGAUUUCAGAUGCUCCCGAGCCUCCUCUGGGAUCCGCGAGGCUCGACUUGGUCGAUGGUUCCAUCCGGCCAGAGGAUGGCUUGAAAAGGCUGGUUUUGCAGUCGUUUGGACUGGGAUCUUACAAGCUCAGGGGAGCGUUUUGGACGUCGGCUGGAAACCCCGAGAAGCUCCUGGCAUCCAACUUGGAGGGCCAUGCGGACUCGUGGCUCAAGGGACUCCGUGUCCGCCACCCCGACUUCGAGUUCUUUGCCUCGCGGAGUCCAAACCGGCGCUGAAAGGAUGAGUGAUCCCAGGUAAUUUUGAUGUUUUUCGUCAGCUCUUCGUCAGUGGAAGCAAAAGCCAAAAAAAAAAAGGAGAAAAAGAACCAACACCCGAAAUUAAAAAGGAAGAAAAGAGCUACUAAAGUUUGGUGAAUCGAGAAAAAAAAAUAGAAAACGAGAGAGGAUCGUCACAGGCGUGAUCGAAGCGAUUCGAUCAAAGCUACAAGGAGGUCACCACCAAAGCAAAUCGAGAUCAUCUUAAAGCUAUGAGAAGAUGAUGAUCGCAAACGACGAAGCAAAGGAUUUGAUCCUCCGAGCGUCACCAUUGGAUGAGCCCAAAAGGAAAAAAACGAAGGAGGAGAAAAAUUCUAGCUUGCUUUGAUCACCAAAACCUCAUGUUGCGUGAUUACGUGGAA